AUGCCGCCCAAGAAGAAGACAACUUAUGCCCGUGUCGCACCGGCGCCGAGGCAGACCAGACUUUCCUCGAGACGAAGCCUGCCAUUAACCCGCCGCCGUGAUUCGCCUCCGACUCUACAAAAGCGACAAUCCACUUUGACGCAGAUCGACUAUAUCCGGAGCGAUGGAGCGAUUCCUAAUUCGAGCGAGGAGGAGGAGGAGGAGGAGGAGGAGGAAAUCAGCGAAUACGAAGAGACGCAGCCGAAGAAGAAAGUGCGACUCAGCGGUGCGAAGAAGAACAGUGGCCGAAAGCCUGAUCAAUCCACCUUAACCCAGAAGUGGGACUGGAAGGCCAUGGCUGCGGCAAGAGAUAGUCAGGAAAGCGAGGAUGACCUGGAUACGGUGGAUGAUAGGGACAUCGCACAAGAAAAGGCCGCUGAGCUCCAGCCCCAGAAGCCAAAAUUGAAAGGACAUACGCAGACCCAGAGCGAGCUUCUACUGUGUGCGCAUCUGGACAAUGACUCGGAUUCUGAAGCCAGCACACGACGACGCAAACGAGUCGCCUUUUCGGCUUCUUCAGACGUGGACAAAAUCAGCACAAGGCCGACCACUGCCGAUUCAACAGCAAAUCCGAAGACGCCUCAGAGACCACGUCGAACAGUCAUCCCGUCAUCAGAGACCCCUUCGAGCCUGAAGCUGUCGACGCAUUCUCCCAAGAGACACGAGAUGUAUGAGCGAUCGCCUCUGAAAGAGCGUAGUAGUAACCUGCCUUCGCUCAAGAGAUCAAGGUCUCCAGAGCUGGGAGAAAUGCACGACGUCGAUAUCAAGCCGCAACUCUUGCCUACAGACCAGGAAGAUGUCAAGCCAGCCCCAGCAUCACCAUGGAAAGUAACGUUGGCCAUCACUCCUAAGAAGGACUCUGUGUCGGGGAAGCGUCAGCUACGGUGGAUCACAACCAUUCAGGAAUCCGAUGCCUCUGACUUGGAAAUAGAGCCAUCACCGAUUCGAAACCUACCAGCGCCUGAUCUCUCGCCUGUACACCCACAGCCUGUACAGCGCCGGCGACGGUCACUGCAGCGCGUGACGACAAUUCAAGAUUCCGAGGAAAACAGUUCCGAUCUAAUAGAUCCGGAUGACACCACACCUCUGGAUCGUACAGUAUUAAGGAACGAAGAGUCUGCACCUCUCUCAACAAAAGACAUGAACUCAACCAUAGAACAUCACACUAUGGCGGAAUCGGGACUGGAGGCGCCAAUUUCUGAUCCUCCUGAGAUUGACUUGUCACCGAAGCGUGCUAGUCAAUCCACGCCUCCUGAUUUGGACGACGCCCAAUUCUGUGCAGUAACUGAGCCCGUUCGAAUUGCAGAGCCGCAAGCUUUCGAGUACCAGGACGUCGAAGCUCCACCGGCGCCAACAGCACGAUCGGUAGCAGAAUACCAGGAGCCGGACGACCUUGAUGAUGAGACCGAUGACGACCUAAACCCUCGUCUACACGAUAGCGACGAAGACGACGAGUAUAUGGAUGACGAGACAUACCCACAGACUUACGACCCCGUCAGCGCUGCACUAGAGCGAGAUGCUGCAAGAUAUGGCAGGGAUACACAGUACGAAUCCGACCAGGAGUAUGCAGAUGACGAAGGGUCGGUCAUAGCAGAGACAGAUGGGGGAUUGGAGAUGGAAGAUGGCACCGAACAGGUAGAAGUCGUCCCUUCGAGUCAACCAGGAGAAAUCAGAAUCCGAAGCUCUCAGGAAGCGGACGCACUACCCACGAUCAAUAGCUUGAUCCAAAACAAAUCGCCAGCUGGCGAUGUGGACGACUCUGGCUACAGCAGCCAGCAGUUGACCGCCAAAAGCAACAAGGCUGCACCCUUCUUUGCAGAAAACGGCGCCCCUCGACCCUCACAAAUCAGCACCGUUGUAGACGACACGCAGUCUCCAAGAAGUCGACCCAAUUCUGCCCACGGCUAUACACAGAAAUCGGUACCUGCGUGGCCAGACACGCUCUCAAGCUCGCCAUUCCCGCUGCCUCCAGGGUAUGCCAUGCGAUCUCAACGAAGGGUAGGAGAGACACAGUCGAGCGGGCUCAUAGACUUUAGCCUGCCUCCUCCGCCGCCGCUGUUUCUGUCGUCCAGUCGAGGCGAUGGUGAGGAAACAUAG